CACAAUUGGAGCUCAUUUCAAAAAACCAAAUACCGCUAAAAACUAGAAGAAUGUCUGCUAUUACUGAGGAGGUGAGAGCCAAGGCUGAUGAGCUCUACCAUGGAGAAGAAAUCUGCCAGGAGAAAUCAAAGUUCUUGCUCACAGAGAUGGGUCUCCCCAAUGGUCUCCUUCCCAUGAAGGACAUGGUGGAAUGUGGCUACAUCAAAGACACUGGCUUUGUUUGGCUCAAGCAGAAGAAGAGCACCACCCACAAGUUUGAGAAGGUUGGGAGGCAGGCCAGCUAUGGAACUGAGAUCACAGCCGUUGUUGAGAAGGGCAAGAUCAAAAAGCUCACUGGAGUCAAGACCAAGGAGCUCUUGGUCUGGGUGACGGUCAGUGAAAUCUACUUGGAUGACCCCCCAACUGGGAAGAUCACCUUCAAGACUCCUACAGGGCUAUAUAGGACAUUUCCUGCCUCGGCUUUCGAGCUUGAUAGCCCAGAUGGUGAUGGCAAGGCUGUGAAGGAGAAGGAUGUCCCUGAAGCUGUGGAAGUCUAGGCCAUAAAUUUCAAGGUGUAUGAUGUGUUAUGGUACUCCUAUUACCAUAGCCCAGAAAAAGGAUUCGGCUUUGUUUCCAGGUCCCUAUUUUGAUCAUAUGUAAUGCUAUUGGCUUCAUUUGAAAUAAAGAUUUACAUUUCCCCUA